CGGACACGUCAGGAGGCUUCACAGGACCCGUACAGGCUCAAAAACAUGGGGACUCACUGAGGACACCAUUGCGGCAGCAUCCCACCGGAGCAACCGAAAGGCGGACACCAUGAACUACGUGGGCCAGCUGGCAGGUCAGGUGCUGGUAACCGUGAAAGAACUGUAUAAGGGCAUUAAUCAGGCCACUUUGUCUGGGUGCAUCGAUGUUGUGGUUGUCCGCCAGAGAGAUGGCACCUACCAGUGCUCACCAUUUCAUGUGCGCUUUGGCAAGCUGGGUGUUCUGCGCUCCAAAGAGAAAGUGAUUGACAUCGAAGUGAAUGGAGAGCCAGUGGAGCUGCACAUGAAGCUGGGAGACAACGGAGAGGCCUUUUUUGUCCAGGAAUCUGAGCAGCUGAAUCAGAUUGUCCCUGCUCACCUGGCCACCUCUCCAAUCCCCACCGAGAGUCACCUGUUCUGGAUCUCAGAGGUGGAGAACAGUAGGGCACCAAAAGAUCUUGAGGAUGACCCUGCUGACCCAGAAGACCCACCUGAGCCUCCUGCUCCGAGCACUAUGGCCACAAAGAAGAAGAAGAGACGGAGGAAGAAGCACAAAGGAGACCCCCGCAGAGAGGAGUUGACCCCGCCCAUGUCAAUCACUACUGGUAAUGCUAUUGCUGCUAACGCACCUGCUGCUACCACUGCUGCUAUGUCCAGCACUGGGCAAAAUGAAGAAAUCUUCGAGAUGGACCUGAGCUCUGAUGAGGAAGCUGCAGUGCAUGUCUCAAGGUCACCCUCAGUGACCACAAUGCGUGACAUUGACCCCAAAUUACCUGCAGCCAGACACAGCCUUGAUGGUUAUCCAAUGUCUGACGGGGACUGGCCGACGAAUGACAGUCACGGCUUGUCUCAGGCUUUUUCCCCAAAGAGUGACUCAGAACUGAUGGUCAGGCCCUCCGAGAGUUUGCUCAGAGCCGAAUCCCACAUGCAGUGGACCUGGGGGGAGUUUCCAGAAACAACCAGGGUCACCAAAAAAGAGAAACCAGAACUUCUAAAAACAGUCACCAUCACCCCGUCGGAAAACACCCACUUCCGCGUCAUCCUCAGCUCCGAGGCCAUGGAGAACGACACCGAGAGCGAAAGGGGAGAUGGCGCCUCUUCCUCCUCGGUGUGCACCAUUGUCAAGCCUGAGCCACGCUCCCCCAUCACCACUGUCACACCUGUGAUUCCUCUCACAUCUAUGGGCACUAUCACCUCUGUGAGUCCUGUAACGCCCACAGAGCCUAUAGAUGUCCUGCCACCCAAUGUGGCAACCUCGACCCCUUUCAGCAGCCAACAGAGCGAUUCCCCCUCGAAGAAAAAAGGUGUCCCAAAGAGGAGCCAGCAUCAAGGCCCUGAGGAUAUCUACCUGGAUGACCUGAAUGUACUUGAACCUGAUGUUGCUGCAAGAUAUUUUCCUAAGAGUGAAUCUGAGGCAGCGACAAAGCACUGGAUGGACUCAGAGAUGCACUCCGGUUCACAGUCUCCACAGUCGGUCGGCAGUGCAGCAGCCGACAGCGGGACAGAGUGUCUAUCUGACUCAGCUAGUGACCUCCCAGACGUCACUCUUUCUCUGUGUGGAGGCCUCACAGAAAAUGCUGAAAUAUCCAAAGAAAGAUUCAUGGAGCAUAUCAUCACUUAUCAUGAAUUUGCUGAAAAUCCAGCAAUUAUAGAUAACCCCAACCUGGUAGUAAAAAUAGGAAAUAGAUAUUAUAAUUGGACACUAGCUGCACCCUUGAUUCUCAGUCUACAAGCAUUUCAGAAGAACUUACCAAAGGCUACAGAGGAGGCCUGGGUGAAGGAGAAAAUGCCAAAGAAGUCAGGUCGCUGGUGGUUCUGGCGAAAGCGGGCAGAUAGUACAAUCAAACAGUCGGAGACGAAGCUUGAAACCAAGGAGGAGUCUCAUCUGGAGGAGGAAGGACCCUCCAUUUCUCAGGAGAAACUGCCCAUGCCGCCUAAAGCAGGAGACUCAUCCAGCGAUGAAGAGGCGAAGGAGGUGAGCGCUGCAUCCUGUCAGGAGAGACUGCAGCCUGUCGAUGGUCAGCACCAUCCCAGCCCACACACUUACAGGAAGUCACUACGCCUCUCCUCUGAUCAGAUAGCCAGUCUGAAACUAAAGGAGGGACCUAAUGAUGUGACGUUCAGCAUCACCACCCAAUAUCAGGGCACAUGCCGCUGCGAGGGCACCAUCUACCUGUGGAACUGGGACGACAAAGUCAUUAUCUCUGACAUUGAUGGCACCAUCACCAAGUCAGAUGUGUUUGGACAGAUUCUGCCACAGCUGGGGAAGGACUGGACCCACCAGGGCAUUGCAAAGCUGUACCACUCAGUCGCUGAGAACGGCUACAAGUUCUUGUACUGCUCAGCGCGGGCUAUUGGCAUGGCAGACAUGACAAGAGGUUACCUGCAGUGGGUCAACGAUGGAGGCAUCAUUCUACCCCGGGGACCUCUCAUGCUGUCUCCCAGCAGCCUCUUCUCUGCCUUCCACAGGGAGGUCAUUGAGAAGAAGCCAGAGAUCUUCAAGAUUGAAUGCCUUACAGAUAUCAAGAACCUGUUCCAGCAUAACAAGCAGCCAUUCUACGCGGCCUUUGGGAAUAGAGCUAAUGAUGUGUUUGCCUAUAAGGAGGUGGGAGUUCCAGUGUGUCGGAUCUUCACAGUCAACCCAAAAGGAGAGCUGAUUCAGGAGCAGACCAAGGGCAACAAGUCCUCUUACGGCAGGCUCAGCGAGCUGGUGGAGCAUGUCUUCCCUCUGCUGAGCAAAGAGCAGAACGAGGCCUUUGUCCUGCCGGAGUACAGCUCUUUCUGUUACUGGAGACAGCCCAUACCGGACUUCGACCCUGAUGAACUGCUCUAAUCCAGCACAUAUGGACACUCAGGUGCUCACAUAUACAUGCAAUUGGACUGUGCACUUGAAUGCAUCUCCAGGAAACACAUGGACUGAAACCCAAACUUUCCUACAUAGUACUCAGACAUGCACACACAGAAACCGGGUUAUGCUCCAGAACAGUAAAUCCUGAUGACUAAUCCCUGAACACUUUCAUCCCAAGGAGACACGAAACUAAUCAGCAACUAAAUGAUCAUCCUUCCUCAUGCCUGUGAAGGCAUCCUAACCCAGUGAGCACUCUGUAGUCCCCAUCGCUGUAUGGGGAUAGAGAUCUGAGGCUAAUCUUUCCUCUGUAACUUCUAGCAAACAGGAUGGUCUGCAUUUGUCAUCAGGGACACGACUGAAGCCCCACACGAGGUAUUAGCCUUUAGCACUAGAGUCUGCACUGUGCAGAAGGAAAAGACAUUGUUUUUCAUGAAUCAGGUUUUUCCACAUUUCCUGAAUGCCCUAAAGGAAGUGAAAUGAAAUGUUCAAAGUAAAAAUGACACACAGGGUAGACCGUGAACACUUCCCACUAGUCAUAUGCAUUGAAUAUUUAGCUGUGGCUGCUGUGUUUGCCUAUAAACAGGUAUUCUGUUGUUAAUUUGGUCAAACACAAUAAAUAAAAACAUGGGUAUUUUUCAACCUGCUCCCUAUUUACUCACGAUUUCUGUCUUGGUCACAGAGCAGGACAACAAGUUUUGAAUUCAGUCCAGUAUUGGACGAGUAAGCUACAGUGUAAUCCUUCAGUCACUGUACCUUCACUAAAUGUGCUUGUUUUUGCCACUGACUGGAUCAGAUUGUUGUAAUAAGUGUUUGAUCUGGUCUCUUUGUUCUUGUGUCUAACAAAUUCUGGGUCUGAAAUCUCAUUAGGAGACUUGUUGUUGGAAGACAUCACUAGAAUGAGAGACUUUGAAAAUCUUUUAGAUGACACUAAGCUCUGUCUAAGUCAUGCUUGAAUAUUAAGCUGAUUUCAACAAUGUAGAAGAGGCCACAAGAGAUUCAGAACAAGACUUCUCCUUGAUGGAGACUUUGUUAGGCACAAUAAACAGAUUGGGUCAAGCCAAAGGUAAAGAAAAACUUUUUGUUUGACAACAUUAUGGAAAGGACAGACACUUUUAAUGACGAUCUGAGCCUGUCGGACAUUGCAGCCCAUUUCAAGGCGCCUUUGGUCAAUACUGGACAUCUUAAAACUAUUGUCCCCACUGGUCACUUCGACAUAAAAACAUAGAGAAACAGGUUGAAAAAUAAAUGUUUAUC